AUGUGCCAGCAUCACCAAAAUGACGACAGCCCACCACCCGACAAAGCACAACAGCCGCCGCCUGCUACGAAUGAAGCAUUCCCAUGGCAUCUCCCAGUAUUUGACGCGCACUGUCAUCCUACAGAUACCAUGAGCUCCAUAACCAGCCUCAAAACCAUGCGUGCAUCUGCGCUUGUUAUCAUGGCAACUCGUUCGCAGGACCAAGACCUAGUUGCCGACGUGGCGUCACAGCAUGGCGUCAAGGACAGGGCGAGUUUGCGGGGUCGUCAAUGCAGAUAUCAGUCUGACAGCCACGACGAUACCGAGCAUAUCUCGGUAUCAGCAGCCGAAGAAUCAACACCUCCUGCUCAGCGAAGUUGCCAACUCAUCCCUUCAUUCGGAUGGCAUCCGUGGUUUUCCUACCAACUGUACGAUGACGUCGACGCAGAGCCUACGUACAAUCCACCAGCAGCAACAGGAGGCGAAACGGAUGAAACCGCCCUCCUCAACGCCAAGAAGCUGCAUUAUCAAGCCGUUCUCACACCACCACCACAAGAUGAUGCCUUUAUUACGUCCCUACCUACACCAAUCUCCGUUUCAUCAUUCAUCGCCUCAACCCGAGCUCGUCUGCAAUCCCACCCGCACGCUCUCGUCGGUGAGAUUGGCGCCGACAAGGCGUUUCGCCUCCCGCAGCAAUGGGACCCUGCAUUGGCCGCAGCCAGAGAUGAUACCUUGACGCCUGGCGGCCGGGAAGGCAGACUGCUAAGUUCUCACCGAGUGCGCAUCGAACACCAAAAGGCCGUUCUACUCGCCCAGCUCCAUCUUGCAGGUGAAACCGGCCGACCCGUCAGUGUUCACGGCGUCAAAGCCCACGGCGUUAUCUUCGACACCAUCUCGAGCUGCUGGAAAGGACACGAGAAGCACGUCCCCUCCCGCCGUGAGCAGCGCAUGGUCGCACCAGGUGCAGAAGACGAUUCAGACGAAGAGCCAGAAGUUGGUGGGAAACCGUACCCGCCACGAGUGUGCCUCCAUUCGUACAGUGGCCCAGUGGACACUCUACGGUGGUGGUUUAACCCUUCUAUUCCUGCCAAGAUAUACGUAUCUCUCUCAACAGCCAUCAAUAUCAACGCCUCCUCUAGACGGGACGACUUCAGAGACGUAGUGUCCGCUAUUCCGGCGGACAGAAUCCUCGUGGAGAGUGAUUUGCAUGUCGCGGGGGAGCAUAUGGACGCUGCAUUGGAGGAUAUGUAUCGCCGGGUGUGUGAUGUGAAGGGGUGGGGGUUGGGGGAGGGUGUUUUGAAGAUUGCCGGGAACUUUGAGGAUUUUGUAUUUGGUAAGGGGUGA